AUGUCGCCUCCUCGGCGUCGCUCGUCUCGACUUCGGGGCAGUACUGCCACGCCAAAGCCCACGAGCUCUAACUCAAGCCGCCCUGACUCUCUCAUCGAACACGAUGAAUCUCCAAAUAGCAAGCCACAGCCCAAUCUUAAUGCCAUUCUCUCCUCCCCCUCCGUUCCUCGAACGCCCGCAACUGCCGCCCGUCCAAAGCCGUCGCUGGAAGAUAUGCAUCCAAGCAAGGCUCACCAAAGUACUGCCAAAGAACCGGACUCUGGUUUGAGACUCGGAUUCACGGAUAUUAAGCCAACUACCAAUGGCCAGCCCUCUGGAAUCACACAGCAUACCCCUUCGAAAUCUGGAAUCUCAUCUGCUUUUGAUUUUCGGUUUGCUCGUCCUAUCCCUCAACUCGGCCCUGAGGCUCAGCGAAUGAUGGAUGAACUGCGGGAAGAAGCUUUACGAAUUAAGACCAAGCUCGCAGCCGAAAAGGAGGAGCGUAAGCGUCGAGGCGAAGAAGAGGAUACUGGUGUCGGUGGCCGCAAGAUCGCACAACCCAAAGGCAAGGUUGGUCGAUACAGCGAUGUACAUAUGGCGGAGUUCAAGAAGAUGGAUUCGAUUGCUGGGCAUGCGUCUUCUUUCAGAGCUCAACCUGAUCGGUUCCCGUCGCCCGCAAAGAAUCUCAAGCGGACACAGUCUCGAGCAAAACUGGACGAGCGGGAGGAUAUCUCUGCCAAGGAUCUUCACGUCGCCGAGAACUCGGGCCGUACAGAACGAUUGGAGAAUACUGCACCAUCCAAGCGUUCACGAAAGGGUAUCACCGAUGAUACUUCGUCUGCUCGACCGGUUUCUAGAGGCAACACCGCCAAAGUGUCGACUCCGGACCGCCCACGCUCGUCAAACUUCCUUGAGUCGAUCACCACACCUACCCAGGCCUCUCUAGCUCGAGCCGCCAGUGCCAAGCGCCCUGGUACCCAAAUCCCCACUUUGUCAAGAUCUCCAUCAAAGCCAUGCCUCACCAACACGCCUCGUCGUCUUACCAAAUCUGCGACCACCAAUAAUCUCAGUGGAUUUCCCCGCUCUGUACCAAAAAGCUUGCUGCGCAGUCCGGGUAGAUUCGAACGUGCUAGAUCUAUUCUCCGACAAGUUAGCGCAAGCGUAAAGAAACCUACUGUUACGGCAUCGUCUCUGCUCAGAAGCCCUAGCAAGCCAGCUUUCGAAAAGGCGCUACCCGCACUUCCCAAAACUCCUGGCGGGCCUGAUGGCUCCAAGAGCGUCAAGCAUGUCAACUUCACACCCGAUACUAUAAACCGUGCCGCAAACAUUCAGAACUCGCCAUCACCCAUGAAAUCCGGAAUACCUCGCUCGACUUCCAAGGCCAAUCUUCGUGCCAAGACGACACAGUUCAGCGCAACGGAGCCGGUUGAGGACAAAGUGCAAUAUCCAUCCCUAGGUUCCCACCCGAAUGUUUCCAAACGAUCCCGUGAAGUGGAAUACCCGUCCCUCGCAGGUGUUGGCGCGCUUCCCGACCCUUCUCGCACUGUGUCCCCCCAACGCCCACCACCAUCUGUCCCUAGCACAUUUACUUUCCGUAGCGACCACACCAUUGAUUUCGGAUCGUCUCCUAAAGGCUUCGGAUCAUAUUCCGGCCAGGCUAGCGUACGUCAAGUACGUCAGAGUUUAGCUCGUUCCGCAAUGCCAGGCACCUUCCCAGGAGGUAACAAGGAAAAUUCCGAGCCACUCCCUGCCUUGCCUCAUGGGAUGCUAAAUAAGAAGCGCAAACAUGUCGAGUCAGAUGAUGAGAGAGACGAUGAAUUCCAACGUUCUCCCAAGAAGCAGAAAGCUCAGGCGGCAGAAGGCGCGAUGCUUAUGGCCCCCAGAAUUCAGGCGGAGAAAAUGACGCCAAAAUCAAGACUUACGAGCCCGACCAAAAAGAAGGGCGGCCUGAGCCUUAGUCGUCUCAAUAUGCUUGCUCGACCAAAGAUGCGAAAGUAG